AUGGGCCCCAACAGACAAAGGAAACCAAGAGAACUGGCGCGUGGUAGAGGUCGUGGUGGUAGAUGCGGCCGUGGGCGGGCUGCUGCACCGGCACCUACAGCACCGUCAUCUAUCCUCUCGCGUGCCGAGAAGGACAUGGUAAUUGACGUUCUCCACCACGCUGCCAGCGGAGGGGCAGUUCCGGUAUCUGAGGAACACUUUAAUCCGAACUCAGGCUCACGCAUCAAGUUUCAGCGCAAUAGUCCGUUAACACCUUCGGAGAUCCUUCAGCGAUUAUAUGAAGGCCUUGGUUUCCCACCCGAUCUGGUCACACAAUAUGUGAGAGAUCUAGCGGACGAAUCAAAAUUACCGGUCUUUAACUCCAUCGGAGAACUCCUCGCAGAGGGCGGACCUUUCCAAUCAUUUUUGGUUGAUAGUUGCUUCGAACUGUUUUCCUACAUGCUGUGGUAUUCACGUGAGGAAGAGGGCACGAGCUUAACCCCUGAGGAGGGAGACUCCAUACUUCAGGAGGAGUUGGAAGCAGUGCGAGCCCUCUUUGAUGAUAGUUUCAUCGGUUUGAAGAACUUUGGCGAUGACGAUACGGACGACAGGGAACUCCAGUUCUCCUUCUUCACACAAGACGACAAGGGAGUGAUGCUUUCUAUUCGCAUUCCGGACCACUACCCCUCGGAUCCCCCUAACAUAUUUAUUGGCCCGCGCAAGCAGCAGACAGGAGGAAUGUCCACCUUAGCUGUUUUACCGCUUGAUACAAAGGAACUUCCAGCCGUGGCAAGACGAUCAAUACUGGAUGCUGCUGUUGAAGCGAUUAACGGAUUCGUGGGCGAGGGUUGUUUAAUUGGGUUGCUUUCUUCAAUUUGUGGCGCAAUUUCUUCUGUUAGUGGACUGGGAGUAGUAGAACAACUUCCUACUCCCGCACCGUGUGAGAGUAAGGAGGUAAAGGCUGUAAUAGCCGCAAAGCGCCAGGCGUUCGCGUCUGCGCUGUCCGCUUCUGAGGAUCCGUUGGCGUUACCCCCUGAGGAACCAAGCUCGACGACGUGCUCACUACCAGCGAAGGUAGAGCUUGGUACUGUCGAUCACAGCGAUGACGAGGUCGGUCAAGUCCGACGGGAAUUUCUCCGUAACAACAAACAGUUGGAUGCGAAGCUCAAGGAGGAGUGGCAGGCUCUCAGAGCUAACGGUACCCUGAGAAACUCGCGGGAGCAGCUUCCCGCCUACAAUGCACGUGAGGAGCUUCGCCAGGCCGUGGCAAGGCACCGCGUCGUUGUUGUAAGUGGUGAAACGGGUAGCGGUAAGACCACUCAAAUACCGCAAUAUCUGUAUGAGUUUAUGUGUGAAGAUGGGAAGGGGAGCUCUGCCAACAUUGUGUGUACGCAACCACGGAGACUUGCGGCAACUUCCGUAGCACUUCGGGUUGCUGGAGAACGCGACGAAGCCGUAGGCGGUGUGGUUGGUUACACUAUCCGUCUGGAAAACUGUGUGUCCAGUCGCACUCAAAUUACUUAUUGCACCACCGGUGUUGUGCUUCGGCGAAUACAGGUGGAUAAAUUUUUGGGUAGGGUCAGCCACAUCGUUGUGGACGAGAUUCAUGAGCGUGGUGUGGACACCGAUGUCCUCCUUAUUCUCCUCCGUGACCUUCUCGAGCGCCGUGAUGAUUUGACUGUCGUACUCAUGAGUGCGACAAUGGAUUCUGAGUUGUUUGCACGUUACUUUGGUGGGUCUCCUAUCAUUAACAUUGCUGGUCGCACAUUUCCCGUCCAGGUAUUCCAUCUAGAAGAGAUUAUCCCAAUGGUAAACUACAGUCUGGAUGAUGGUUCACCGUAUGCCAAGUGGGAGGUACGAAAGGAAGAGAGGCGACGGAAUACGCGGAAGCAAAUGUUGGACAUUGACAUCAAUGAGAUUGAAGAGGCGCGGGAACUCACCGCAGGAGUCCAUGGACCGUCAACACAACUAAGCGCAUCACACAGGACGUUGGAUAUCCUAUCCCGGAUGAAUCCAGACGUCAUCAACUACGAACUGAUUGAAUCCAUUGUUGUGUACAUCGAUACCAAGAUGGGUGUGCCAGGCGCCAUUCUGAUUUUUCUUCCUGGCAUGGUGGAGAUGACUUCGUGCAUGGAGCAACUAAAGUCUAACCCGAAGCUCCUCAGUAGUUGCCUCAUCUACAACCUCCAUAGUUCUCUUGGGUCGGCCGAGCAACAGGGCGUAUUUCAGCAUCCACCCAAAGGCAAGAGAAAGGUGGUCAUCGGAACCAACAUCAUGGAGACGUCCAUCACCAUUGAUGAUGCGGUGUUCGUCAUCGAUUGCGGGAAGGUGAAGGAGAACCGCUAUGACGCACGGAGAAGUUUAUCACAACUGGUUACUGUGAACACAUCCAAAGCUAACUGCCGUCAGCGGCAAGGGCGAGCUGGUCGAGUACGUGAGGGUUUCUGCUUUCGUUUGUUUACCAGCACCCAGUUCGAGUCACUCGACGACCAUCAGCUUUGUGAGAUGCAUCGUGUUCCCCUCGAGAGUCUUGUUCUUCAAAUAUAUUCCCUUAAUCUCGGUGAUGAAGUAGAGUAUCUUCGGAAAGCUCUGUCACCGCCAGAUGAGCGGGCUGUGCGAAGCAGCGUCAAAGCCCUAACAACACUUGGUGCACUGACUAUGGACAAGCGUCUUACAUCGCUUGGGCGGCACUUGGCCAACCUCCCGCUGGAUGUUCGUAUUGGUAAGAUGGUCAUACACGGUGCAAUUCUUCAGUGUGUGGACCCAGUACUGACGAUCGCCGCAUGCCUUGCUGUGCGUACCCCAUUCCUUUCGGCGAUGGACUAUCAAGUGGAGGUGGAGGGUGUGCGGAGAGCGCUCUCUGGGGAUUACAUGUCAGACCAUUUAUCUUCGUGGUUUGCUUAUUCUAAGUGGAUCGCGAUGUGGCACAAGGAGGGCCCUGCUGGAGCGAGUAAGUUGUGUGCAAAGUACUAUUUGUCUCUGCCAGCACUGCGGCAAAUCCAAGCCACAAAGCAGCAGUAUGAGCGAUUUCUCUACGAGGCUGGGCUUAUUGAGGAAACACCUGUUCGUAUGAAGAACAACCGGUUCCUCUAUGACCCAGUUGUCACUCUUGAAGACAGUGUGUACGAGUCGGGUGGACCCCGUUUCAACACCAACUCUGGUAGUGUGAAGUGCAUUCUUUCGUGCAUCGUCGCCGGCCUCUAUCCGAAUGUGGCGUGUGUGAAGACAGUGCGAGGUGGAAAGGGAGGCAACCGUACUAACAUCACGACCCUGGACGGGUCGGAAGUUCUUGUUCACCCCUCCAGCGUUGCUGGAAAGGAAAAGGCGUUCGCCUCUCCACUUCUUGUUUAUGUGGAUAAGGUGAAAACUUCAGCCACCUUUCUGCGUGAAGUUUCAAUGGUGACGCCGCUUCAUGUCGUGUUCUUUGGGAGCGGCCGCCUCGAGUAUCUUCCGAAAUAUGGGGAACUUGUCGUGGACGAGGCAACUGCUUUCAGAUGUCAAAGCGAGGAUGCUGUAUUGUUACGGCACCUAAAGGAUCAGUUGGAUUCAGCCCUUAGCCAAAAGAUCAACGACCCGUCUAAGAGUUGGGAAUCUACCAGCAGCGUUGUCGUUCGCGCUAUUCUCAGGCUUCUGAAAGGUGACUCGAGCACUGUCCGUGGUUUAACAGUUGUCGACAGGCGCCAGCCACGCGCACCGCUGACUGCCCCGCUGCUGCAGGUCGAGUCAAGCGACGACGCACCAAAAAAGAAGGACGGCAGCGCCGACAAGAGGACAUGUUUUGUGUGUGGUGAGGGCGGUCACGUGGUUAAUACCUGCCCACAUAAAGCAGCAGCAGCGAAGGGAGGACCCGUGACGCGCUGCUUCAUUUGUGGGGAAUGGCACCACCCGACAGAUUGCGCAGUAACGACCCCCAUGCGUUGA